UCCGAGACUGCAGGUGGCAGUACGUAUCUGUAUAGACUGGAAACGACAAACAAGAAGAAAAUGAAAUGAAUCAUAUGCGGAAGUAUUUGUUAUUCUCGUAUUUUUUUCGCUAAGGGCCUUACAUUUGUCAACAUGAGCAAAUCAAGGACUGCCAAGAAAGAGAAAAUAAGCGUGGCAAGUGAGAUUGACAGCAUUGAGGAGCGCAAAUUGCGAUGUAAAAACAGCCUUGAGAGGGCUGAGUUCAGACAGAGGAAAGAGAAACUCUCAAAUGAUGACAGGCAGGCAGUGGAAGAUGAAAUGAUAAUAUUGAAUGAACGAAUACAGAAAUACGGAGUUGCAGGUGCUCAGAGGGGAAAACAGGAAGAACAUGAUGCUCUCUGUUGCUCUGCUGGCCAUCAGUGCUCUUUUCUACUAUGCAUUUAUGUAUUAAAAAGACACUUACAUUCAUGCCAUUAAAAGAGUGAAAUUUGGGGAGAUACCCAUAAACACAGCUAUUCUUCAGCUGGCAUUAUCGGAUUGUUCGGAGGUUGAGGGGUGCGUUAUUGUCAUCUUAACCAUAAAUACAACAUCUUCAGCUUGCCCUGCAAAGUGGAUUCCCCUCAUACUGCUGUCUGCUUUAUGUGAAGCAGGAGAACAUCAUGUGAUGCCUGAACUGUCCCAUCAGAGAGAGGAACAAAGUGUUGUUAAGAGAUUGUGUUUGAAAAUGCUAACUGUAACUUCUACUGUAUAUUGAAGUCAUAAAUUAAGUAAGCUCUGUUAUAGCUUAAUCAGUGCCAUUCAUGUAAAGUCAUUUUUCUGUACACUUGAACCAGUAAUGACCCUGCGACUUCUCAUUCUGGAUCACUGUUUAUUGCAUUUCAACAGGACUAACAUGCACAAAGGUGUGUUGGGGCAAAGGGUGUUAUUCCAUCCAAAAAUAAAAUUUAUCAACAAAAUGUUCAAUUGAAAUAAAAAACAGCCAUCAAUAAAAUGCAAUACUGUACCAUCA